AAUUUUUUGUGAUAGGGGUCUUAUAGAAUUUAACCGGCAGGUUGAGCACCUAGCAUACCGUCUUCCCCGGCUCUUCUACAGAAUCGCCGCCUUGCGAUUUCUCUCUUUUUGUGAUCGCCACUUUCUUCAAAUUCGAUUGCCAUGGAUGAAGACGACGACUUCGGAGAUCUCUACACCGACAUACUCCACGUAUCCUCUGUCCCAACUUUGGUCUCUGCAGACCAAAAAUCCCGUUCCAUGGUCGCCAGCGGAGGCGUAAGCGACUCCGACGAGGAGGAAGACAAUAUUCAACACGGAUCCUCCCUUCCCUUCGCACCAGUUCCGGAAUCAUCCUCCAUAGAUCGUGAACGCAAAGUCUCCGUCGAGGACGCCGACGACGAUUGGCUUCUUGGUCGCGACCCCGUGCCCGUUGAGGAACCAGCGAAUUGGGUCGACGAUGAUGAGGAAGUGGUCGUGGAUAGAGGUUCAAAGGACGCCGUUAGGGCUUUAUCCUCUAAAGGCGGUGGGGCUAGGGUUCUGGAUAAGGAUGAUGCGGACGAGGCUAGUAGGAUUUCUAAACAGGAAGGGAACAUGGUUGAUGGGGAAGGGUCCCUGGAGAAGACGCAGCAGUUACGCGUUCGCGAGGAUGAACCGGUAAUUCCUGGUCUCGAAAGUCCUGCAGUUCCCAACGGCGUGCUCGUAAAGACUACCGAGAGCGAUGAUUGGGAUAGCGGUAGCGAGGACGAUCUGCAGAUUGUUCUUAACGACACUGGGCAUGAUCUGCUAGGUCUAGAGAGGAGGGAUGGAGGGGGCAGUGACGAGGAUGAUGAGGAUCUGGUUAUUGUUACUGAUGAUGAUCAGCGUCAUCAUCACCAGGCCAUGGAGGAUCAAGAUUGGGGCGAUGAUGCAAUGCAGGCUUCUGUUGAUGGGGAGAAGAAGGAGAUUCUUGAAGUAACAAAGGCAAGUGGUGUGGCCCCAACUGUAGCUGGGCCUGGUAUAGGUUAUAGCAAUCACGGUUUCCAUCCGCAGCAUCAUUCUAUGUUCAAGUAUGUUAGACCUGGUGCGACACCUACACCUAGAGGUCCUGGCAUGGCUGCAGCUGGUGCUCUUGGUCAAGUUCGCCCACCUGCCUUUGGUCCUCUUGCUGGGAGGGGAAGAGGUGAUUGGAGGCCAGUGAGUGGCAUUGGCUUUCCUAAUGUGCAGAAAGGCUUUCACUCUGGCUAUGGGUUGCCUAAUUGGGGCAAUAUUGCAUCUGGCCGUCCUUUUGGCAGUGGUCUGGAUUUCAGUCUUCCAUCACACAAGACUGUGUUUGACAUUGACAUUGAAAGUUUUGAGGAUAAACCAUGGAGACAUCCAGGAGUUGAUAUUUCAGAUUUUUUUAAUUUUGGACUGGAUGAAGAACAUUGGAAGGAAUACUGCAAGCAAUUGGAACAACUUCGUCUCGAAUCUACCAUGCAAGGAAAAAUCAGGGUCUAUGAAAGUGGUCGGUCAGAACAGGACUAUGAUCCAGAUUUACCUCCUGAGCUUGCAGCUGCAACCGGCCAUAACAACAUGUCUGUGGACAACAUAACUCAUGAUAAAUCAGAAAAUGGGCUGGCAGAUUUGAGUGACCAAGGAAAAGGAACUGCCUGCAUAAGGCCAGCACUACCAACUGGAAGACCAAUUCAAGUUGAAAGUGGCUAUGGUGAACGUCUUCCCUCUAUAGAUACCAGGCCACCACGGUUUCGUGAUUUUGAUGCUGUUAUUGAGAUUGUGCUGCAAGAUAAUCAGGGUGAUUCAAGAAACUCUAAUAGUGCUUUUGAACGGAUUGAAAAUAAUUUUGGAGGAGAAAAUCAGAAAGGAUUUCACGAUGUUGAUAAAGAUGAUAGGCCUGCUGAAUCUAAAUCUGGCUUUUAUGGUCAUUUUCCACGUAGUUCCAACGAACAACAGUGGGAAUCGGCUGCUAGAAGAAUUCCAACUUCAGCUGAUGGUGAUGGCAUUCUACCUUUCCCGUCGGAAUCAUCUUGUCAGUACAACUCCAGUCCUAAAUCACGCAGUCCCAUAGACGCUGCUAGAUCUUUUGAAGCACAGCAUGGUGGAAGGUCAUUACAAAGAAUACCAUAUGGAAAAAACUCCAGCUCAAUUGAACAAUUGAAAGAGCCUCUCCCUUCCAGAAAUGUGCAUUUGGACAAGCAUGAAGGACGUGUUAAGGAAAGUGCAAGUGAUGAGAUGGAAGGUAACGGGGCUUCUGAUUCACCACUUUCUGAUAUUCCAAGGGAGUUGAGCACGGACCCAAAAGAUAUUGAGCAUGAUGACAGGCUUACACUAGGUGACAGCCAUGAAGGUGAUGGAGGGGAAGCUUCAGAUUUUCGUGUAUCAAGUGAAACUGUAGGUGAUGAUGGCUUGAUUAAUUCUGCAAACAGGCAAAAGUACAUUUCAUGCAUUGAGCAGUCUGGUGGUCAGGAUAAUGGUGUUGGCGAUGAUUCAAGGCUUACACACAGUGAUAACAGUCGAGCAAGAUCAGGAAACAGUAGGGAUUAUCAGAAAAUGCAUGAAACUGGUGAAGAGGUUGUGCAGGUCCAUUCUUCAAAGCAUACGGGAGAUUUGAGCAAGCAUCAACAAGAAGAUGGUCGUAGACAGAGAGAUGAGUAUGCCAGGGAUGGCAGGCGGGAGACGGGCAGAAAUAGAUCCAGAGGAAGGGAAAUCAUGCAUGAAUCUUAUGCACAAAAAGACUGGGAUUCUGGUUCUGUUCACACUUUUCGGGGUAGAAGUGUGGAUUUUGAGAGGGAGAUGGAUGGUUCAGUUGGUGCUUGGCAUAGGAGAGAAGAUGACACCCAUUAUAGACAGGUAAAGGAUGAAGAAACUAGGCGACUAUAUAAUGAGGAAGUAAGACCCAGGGAAAGGAGCAAAGCUAGAAUGAUUGAUAGGAAGGAUAAGAUUGAAGACCAUGUGAAGAAGCGAGUAGAUGAAGGAGAUUGGAGAGGAUACAGCAGGGAAGAUGGCCUUCGACAUAGGGAGAGGAAUGAUAUCUUGAUGAGCCGGCGAGACUUAGAAGAUGGUCAAAUGAAGCGAAAAAGAGAUGUCGAACUUACUAGGAGGGAGAGAGCUGACAAGGAAGAUUCUUUGCAUGGUUAUAGGGUUAGGGAAGAUUCCCACCGAAAGAAAAGAUUAAGGGAUGAUAUUGUUGAUCAUAGGAAGAGGGAGGAUGAUGCUAGAACAAAGAACAAGAUCGAGGAACGCCAUGCUAGUAAGCACAAAGAUGACAAUUGGUACCAAAGGGAUAGAGAAGAUCGACAGCAGCUCAAUCUCAUUCAUGAUGAUUCACUUGCACUCCAGGGAAGAGAAGAAAGACGAUUCAUUUCCAGAAGUGGACGGCCUAUGGAAAAGAUAUUUGCUGGAACUGGAAGGAGCAAAGAAGAUAUGAAAGUUGCAGGAUCUGAAAAAGGAUAUCACGAUAAUGAUAGAAGGCGGCACAAUGAGCAGUCAAAGAGAAGCGAUCGCACUGUGGAAGAAAAUGAGUCAUUAAGCAAAGUUCGAGGUGAUAGUCAUACUCGAGAAAAACGAUUUAAUGCAGAGCAGAGAAGCAUGAGGCAUGAAAGGUUAAGCGCUCACGCUGAUCGUCCUUCAGGUGCUUCUGAUGAGCAUCAGGUGCUGAGGGAAAGACAUCGUGAAAGCAACAAAAAGGUCGAGGAGUCUGAACCUGUUGGGCAAAAGGGAGGACUGUCUAGCAAGAGAAAGAGAGGAGGCCACAACACUCACCGCACUGAGCUCAACUUGAAAGGUUCAAAUGAACAACAAAGUAAUAACCGUUCAACUACGGGCGGAAAGAAGGCUCGUGUAAACGCAGAGCAAAUGGAGGCCUCUCUGCUGCCCACUGCAAGGCAUGGCGACAAUGAUCCUGUCUCAGAUGGCGAGAGCCAUGAUUCAAGGAGGGGUCGUUCGAAAUUGGAGCGGUGGACAAGCCAUAAAGAGAGAGACUACAGCAUCGUUGACAGCAAUAUCCAGACUUCCUCCAUUGUCAGGGAAGUUGAAGAAUCCCAAGAUGAGCUCAAUGAAUUGGUGAAAGCUGAUGCUAAUAAGGCUGAUAACACUGAAACGAAUGUUGAUGAUUCACUCCAAGUUGCAGAUAAAGUAGGUGAGGAACGAGAUCGCCACCUCGACACAGUGGCAAAACUGAAAAUGCGUAGUGAGAGGUUCAAGCUUCCCAUGCCUGGAGAGAAGGAUAAGGAUCUCAUAGGAAAUAAGAAGGUGGAGAGUGAAGCACCACCAUCCUGUAUCCAGAAUGAAGCUGUUUCCGCCACUUCUGCCGAUCUGGAUAUCAAGCUGGAACGUCCAGCCCGGAAAAGAAAGUGGACUGGUAGUUAAAUGGUUGAGAUUGGAAGUCUUUUGGAAGGAUUUCAUGUUUUGAUUUCCAACACUUCCUCUAAAAGAGGUCAGUGAGCAUUGUCUAGCUGCUUCUGAAGCCCAUUUCCUUGCAGCUGUGGAGACCAUGCUUUAAGUUUAAAAGCCUUGUAUACUGAAUUGUAAUGAAACUUCUGAUAGUGUUACUUGGUGGUUCCUUGAGGAAAGGGAUCUUUGUUCUUUUUAUUAUUAUUAUAUUGUUGAAAUCUAGGCCUUCAGUGGGCACCUUUGUAAUGCACAGAAGAACAUUAUAAGUGGUAGAAUUUACAGAGGUUUCCAUGAUUAAUGGGAAGCCUUGCUUGGCAUGUUCUUGUGCCAUUGCAGGAUUGAAGCUGGAAGUUUGACCUCAGAGCUUCUAGUUUGCCUGAUUAUCUGAGCUGAAAACUGGAGCAAAGUGGAGGUUUCCUCACUGUUCUUCAUGUGCCUUUCUCCAUACUAUAUUUGCAUCUCAGGAGAUUUUCAAGCGAGUUGUUGUGGAGAUAUGAAUUUGAGGAAAUUGAAAUUUUCUGUUGUCAAGAAUUCUAACUGUUUUUUGGAGAUAGAUUAAUCAUGUCCUGGUUUUUUUUUAUAUGGAGAUAGAUUUAGUGACAUGUAAAGAAGAUGAGAUUAUCUUAAAAUGAGUAUUUUGCUUAGCCUAGUUGUUGAUAGGUUACAGUGCCAGGCUGACAGCCUUCAAUGUUGUAUUAUCAUACUGAGGGAAUGAAAUUGGAUUCUGAAUUGAA